AUGGGAUAUCUAGUGAUUGUACUAAGCAUCUACAACAUCUACAAAGGGUUAUCCAUCUUACAACCUGGAAGCUCAUGGAAGAUUGCUUACAGUACCGUUAUCGGUGCCAUUGGAUUGUUUGCGAUCGUGAUGGAGAUUUUGCAAUUUAACAAGAGAUGGGGUGGUUUGUGGUGGAAGAAACCUGAAGACAUAGAAGCUGAUCCAAACGUGAUGAAGAUUUUGCAAUUUAACAAGAGAUGGGGUGGCUUGUACUGGAAGAAACCUGAAGACCUAGAAGCUGGUCCAACCGCUUCCGUUGAUGUCUAG